ACAUUCACUUUUUUCUAGAUAAAUAUUUUCUUUAUAAAAUCAUGGAAGUGCAGCCGAGCGUCAGCAAUGAACAAGCAAAUGAUCUGGAAGUUCUAAAGAAGAUGGAAGAUGACCAUUUACGAUUGCAGAGACAGUUUCGUAUGAUACAAGCUGACAGAUCGAAUCGUGUGAAAGGCGUUCACCCGAUGUUCCGGAGACAGGAAGAUCUACUAAGAAGAUUGAAGAAGGAAUACAUUAACGUUUCUACAGACCUUAAAAUCGCCAGAUCCGGUGCUAAUAGAAAACUAGAAGAUAAAACUAAAAAGGAAGUUCUUGAUAGUAUUUUGUUACGCGAGAAGACAGAUACUGAAUGUGAAAAUGGAAUAAUUCUGAUGGACCAAUUAGAAGGUUUGCUGCAGAGGAAUAACAAACAGACGUUACGUCUUAAACGUUUAGUGAAUUCUACUAUGGGAAAACUGGAAGAAAGACGAGUGACAAGUGAACAACGUCUCAAAAGAACGGAGAACAAAUUAGAAGCAGCAAUGCUGAGAUUCAACGCAAUACAAUGUGAGAACAAGAAGAUUAGAACUGAGAUUGAACAUGUACUCAAAGAUAGAGCAAUCUUCAACCAAGCGUGGGACAAGAUGUUAAACGCUCUGACUAAAGGCAAGAAGUUUCUGACAGAUCUCUUCGAGUCUUCAACAUUAGCUUACGACCAGAGAGACGAGUGGUGUACCAAACUGAAAUCGGUACAGGAGAAAGGUCGUAUGGAUCAACUAUUGCAAGUACAGGAAAUGAGAGAUUUACAAAAAUCAUUCGAUCAUGAAAUGAAAUUAUAUAAUUUCCUGUCAAAAAAGGGAGUUAUCAGGAUCAAUGCUAAAGAAGAAAAGAGAGUGGAAGAACGGAGACUUGCUAGAGAGAAACAAGUUAAAGAAAAAUAUACCGCACAUAUUAAAAUACUCGAUGAUAUAAAUGCAUACACUCAAGAGUUGGACAUAAAUAAAAUUAUAGAGGGUUUCCAGCAUACUGAGCAAAAGAACUUCUCAGUUUACAAAAUGCUGACAGAGUAUUGCGCCGAGAACGAAGUGCUGGGACGUGAUCUGCAACGGAUACGACAAAAUUUAGAGGAUCGUAAAGAUUGGAUUGCAAUGAUGGAAGAAAGGCAAAACAAAAAACUGAAGGUCCUACGAGAAGAAUUAGAACAGAAAUCAAAGAUAACGCAAAGGCUUAGAGAGAAUUUAGAAAUACAAACGCAACAGUUGAACGACUCGAUGGAGAAAGUUUAUGAAAUAUUCAAAAUGCUGGAUUGUUCGUUGGAACCAUUCCAUAAUCUGUUAGGAGAUAAGCAUCCUUCGUUCCACUGUCUCAAUUUAACUUUCUGCCUUAUCACGGACAGAAUCAAGGAACUGAUUCAUACUGCAUUUUAUUAUGAACGCCACGUCCAAAAGCACCACGGUACAUCACGUCUAAGGACGUAUACAGUACAUUCAGAGCUGCCAAAGUUCUGGUCAGCGGUGCCAAUCAACUACAUGGUCCCCGCUGAUCCUUGCCCUUCGUGCGUGGAAGCGAGAUGGAUGUCACGAGUACCAGAAGAGCUUGAGGCACCAUUAGAAGAAGACGAAGUGUUAUCAGCAAUAACAGAAUUGUCUUCUGAUCCUGCUUUCGUUAGGAGUGACCGUAUACAUCCAUUGACGGAGUGCAAAGUGCCACGCAGUCGUGUUAUACUAGCUCGAAGAUAUAUGCAAAAUUGA